AUGUUAAAUCUAAGGAAAAGGAAACUACUAUAUAUACUACUAUCAACCAUAUGUUUUUGUAUACUACUAUUAAUUCAUUCAAGUAUAAUAAAUCAUAAAAAUCUAUCAUUUAAAAAUCAAGAUUGGUCAUUUAAAUCAUUAAGUGAAAGUUUUGAUUUUUCAUAUUUACCAAAUUUAAGUGAUAAUUUAAAGGAAUCAUAUAAUAGAUUAAAUUUAAAUUCAAAUAAUGAAGAAUUAAAUGAAAAAGGUUAUAUAUUGGAACCAAAUAAUGUUAAAUUUAAAUUUUUAAAUAGGGUUAAAAAUAAAGGUAAUCCUCAAGAAAUUGUUGAAAAUCACAAUAGAAAAUAUAAAGAAUUAUUAUCAACUGAAGUAGGAAAACCUCAAGAUGCUUCAUUAAUACCUCCACCAUCAAAUGAAGAUUUAAAAGAUUAUAAACAUGCAAAUGCAACAAUUAUAGCAUUAGUAAGGAAUGAAGAAUUAAGUAAAAUUGGACAAAGUAUAAGAAGAUUACAAAAACUGUUUAAUUCAAAAUUUAAUUAUCCUUAUACAUUCAUAAAUGAUCAACCAUUUACUGAUAAAUUUAAAAAAAGAAUUUUAAAAUAUACAGAAAAAGCACCAGUUGAAUUUGUACAAAUCCCUCCUCAAUUAUGGGAUAAACCAAACGAUAUAGAUACAAAUAAAGAAUCAAAAAAUAUGCAAAUUUUAUAUGAUCAUGAUGUUGCUUAUGCCAAAAAGGGGUCAUAUCAUAAUAUGUGUAGAUUUUAUUCAGGUCAAUUUUAUAAUGUUCCAGAAUUACAAAAAUAUAAAUAUUAUUGGAGAAUUGAACCUCAUGUACAAUUUUAUUCUGAUAUAACUUAUGAUGUUUUUAAAUAUAUGGAAUCAACUGAAAAAAUUUAUGGUUUUACUAUAAGUUUAUAUGAUAUUGAUGAAUCUUUAAAAUCAUUAUGGCCAAAUACUUUAAAAUAUUUAAAUAUGGAUAAUAAUUAUAAAUAUGUUAACCCGAAUGGAAGUUUUCAAUGGUUAGUUGAAAAUUUACAAAAUCCUAAAAAAAAUAAAGUUGCAGGUGGUUAUUCAACUUGUCAUUUUUGGUCAAAUUUUGAAAUUGGUGAUAUGGAUUUUUUUAGAAGUGAAGCAUAUAAUAAUUGGUUUAAAUAUUUAGAUUCUACUGGAAAUUUUUAUUAUGAAAGAUGGGGAGAUGCUCCAAUUCAUUCUAUUGGUGUAAGUUUAUUUGCUGAUAAAUCAAAAAUUCAUUGGUUUAGAGAUUUAGGUUAUAGUCAUGAUCCUUAUUAUCAUUGUGCAAAUACACCUUUCACAAGAAGUUGUAAUGUUGGAAAAUUUAGUAGAUAUGAACAUUUACAUGAUCAAAAUUGUUUGAUUAAUUGGUUAGAAUACGAUAAUAUUAAAAAUGUAUAUUAA